UGCGAAGGACGUAAACAUAUUUCAAGCACCUUUCACGUGCGUGAAUUGUUACGUUUCUAUUUCGUAGUGCGUGCUUGGUGUUUGUGUGAUCAAAUUUCAUGUGAGAGAAACCGGAACCAUUUAAUAUUAAGCUCCAUACGCCCCUGUUACGGUAUAGCGUAAUCAUAGCCAUGGCGACUACUGCUUCGUCGCGGGUAGACGAACUGGUACAGACUGUCACCCUUCACAAUCCUCGGAAACUGUUGUUCACGGGAUACAUUUUACCUUCUGUGAUAUUACACACUGCGUGGAUUUACAGUUGGAUUUUUAUUUACGGAAUUGACGAGUACUAUGAAGCGGGCCUAGUGGGUAUCGCGGCUAUUGGUGUGUUGCAAAUUUUUAUAUGUUUGUGUUGCCAAUGGUCGGUGCAUAUACACACUUUUCUCAAUUGUAGCUCGGAAAAAAGUCCUUAUAAAGCAAAAAUAGCGAAAGUAAUUCCUACACCUAACAAUGGAAGUUCAGAACUUGUUAAGUUACACCAUUCCAACGAACAAGAGCCAUGGUUUAUAUUUCAAAAAACAAAGUAUAUUUGGAAUCCACAUAAAAAAUAUUUCGAAGGCCUUCAGUAUCCAAUUAACUACUCUGUUAAGCAUUAUUGCGAAUGGAAAGGAUACUUGGAUGAGAAAGAUAUUACGAUAGCAGAGGAAAAAUAUGGCAAGAAUAAGUUGGAUAUGGUUGUACCAGAAUUUAAGGAAUUAUUCAAAGAAAGGGCAAUUGCGCCGUUCUUUGUUUUCCAAGUGUUUUGUGUAGCAUUAUGGUGUUUAGACGAGUAUUGGUAUUAUAGUAUCUUUACUCUUAUUAUGCUUAUCAUGUUUGAAUGUACAUUGGUACAGCAGCAACUUCGAAAUAUGGCUGAGAUCAGAAAAAUGGGAAAUAAGCCAUACAUGAUAAUGGUCUACAGGAAUAGGCGAUGGCGUUCUAUGUUUACUGAUCAGUUACUUCCUGGUGACAUAGUCUCGAUAACAAGAUCUCAAAAUGAUAAUUUGGUGCCAUGUGAUAUGUUACUUUUAAGAGGACCAUGUGUGGUUGAUGAGAGUAUGCUAACAGGAGAAUCAGUUCCACAAAUGAAAGAGCCUAUAGAAGAUAUUGAUGGAAGCAGAGAACUGGAUAUAGAAGGAAAUGAUAAACUGCAUGUACUUUUUGGGGGCACAAAAGUUGUGCAACAUAGUCCGCCUAGUAAAAAUGUACCUGGCCUCAAGGCUACUGACAAUGGCUGUGUAGCCUAUGUUUUACGUACUGGAUUUUCAACAUCCCAAGGUAAACUCUUGAGGACAAUACUCUUUGGAGUUAAACGUGUUACAGCUAACAAUUUGGAAACAUUUGGCUUUAUCCUAUUUUUACUAGUAUUUGCAAUUGCAGCAGCAACAUAUGUAUGGAUUAAAGGAAGUGCAGAUCCUACUAGAAAUAGAUAUAAAUUAUUCUUAGAAUGUACACUUAUUCUAACAUCAGUUAUUCCCCCAGAAUUGCCAAUUGAGUUAUCAUUGGCUGUUAAUACAUCCUUGUUAGCUCUAUCAAAACUAGGUGUAUUUUGUACCGAACCUUUCCGAAUACCAUUUGCUGGGAAGGUUGAAAUCUGUUGCUUCGAUAAAACUGGUACUUUAACCAGCGAUAACUUGAUUGUCGAGGGUUUAGCUGGAAUUGAAGGAAAAGCAGAUGUUGUUCAACUUUCUGAUGCUCCUUUAGAAAGUAUUCAAGUACUUGCAACGUGCCAUUCUCUCGUACAAGUAGACGAUGAAAUUGUUGGCGAUCCUCUUGAAAAGGCCACGUUGAAAGCUGUUAAUUGGAGCCUUACAAAAAAUGACUCUAUGAUACCUAGAAAAGGACAAUCCCCUGUUUUAAAAAUAGUACAGCGUCACCAUUUUUCCUCUGCGUUAAAACGAAUGUCAGUUGUAGCUAGUUACACGAUGCCAGGUUCAUCGGAAAUCAAUUAUAUGACUACUGUAAAAGGUGCUCCUGAAAUCCUUAAAGAUAUGUUAUCAAAUAUACCAGAGAAUUACGAUUCUACUUACCUAUCGCUUUCUCGACGCGGAGCCAGAGUACUAGCUUUAGGAUAUCGAAAACUUUCUGGACCUCUAUCAUCUCAAGACCUAAGAGAAUUAACCCGGGAGCGUUUAGAAAGAAAUCUGACUUUUGCUGGAUUUGUAAUAAUAAGUUGUCCGCUUAAACCUGAUUCUAGGGCGGUUAUCAAGGAAAUCGUGAACGCUUCGCACUCAGUUGUUAUGAUCACCGGUGACAAUCCCCUAACCGCCUGUCAUGUCAGUCGUGAAUUACAUUUUACAAAGAAACCAGUUACGCUUAUAUUAACUUCUUACGAUCAAGAAUGGGCGUGGGAAAGUGUAGAUAAGAAGAUACACUUGCCUUUAAGCGAUACAGAUGUUACUUCUCGGGGUAAUGAAAUUUGGCGAAAAUAUGCUCUUUGUUUAACAGGAGAGGGUUUAACAUAUUUGAAAGAAAAUGAACACAAGCUUCUUCGCAAAUUAUUACCGCACAUCGUAAUUUUUGCAAGAUGUGAACCAAAACAAAAAGAAUUUAUAAUUGUUUCAUUACAAAAUUUAGGAUAUACAACUUUGAUGUGUGGAGAUGGUACUAAUGAUGUUGGUGCUUUAAAGCAUGCUCAAGUGGGUGUUGCAAUCCUUUCUAGUCCACCUGAAAGAGCGACUUCGGACAAACAAGAUAAUACAAAAAAUGAAAACAUGCUCUUAAAUUCGAUGGUUAAUGGUUCAAGAAUGAAUACAAGAGGAUCCGCUAACACCAGAAUAAGGCUACAGAAAGUAUUGAAAGAACUUGAAGGAGAGUCAGUCAUAGUUAAACUAGGAGAUGCCUCAAUUGCUGCGCCUUUUACCAGUAAAAUGUCAUCAAUUCAGUGCAUAUGUCAUGUUAUCAAGCAAGGACGUUGCACUUUAGUCACAACGUUACAGAUGUUUAAAAUUUUGGCACUUAACGCUUUAGCACUCGCAUACAGUCAGUCUGUUCUCUAUUCAGACGGAAUCAAAUUCAGUGAUGCUCAAGCGACAUUGCAAGGUGUUCUUUUGGCAACUUGCUUUUUGUUUAUAUCAAGAUCGAAACCUUUGAAAACAUUGUCUAAACAGAGACCACUUCCAAAUAUAUUCAAUUUGUAUACCAUAGCUACUGUACUACUUCAGUUUGCCGUGCACUUUUUCUCUCUCGUAUAUUUAGUAAAAGAGGCUACUGUAUUAUCAGCAGAGAACGAUUUGUCAACACCAAGUAAUUCAUCCAACAUGAACAUGACGUCAAAUUCGGAUUUUGGUGAAGAAGGUAAACCAUUCGAGGCAAACUUGUUAAACAGUACAGUUUACAUUAUUGCUAUGGCACUCCAGAUUUUCACAUUUGCAAUUAAUUAUCGGGGUCACCCUUAUAUGGAAAGUUUACUACAAAAUAAGUCUUUAUUAUACAGCCUUAUUGGCAGUACUGCUGUUAUAUUGGGAUUAGCUUGUGGUGUUUUACCUGAACUAGCAAAACAAUUUGAAAUCGUGGAUUUCCCAAGCGAUUUCCGUCAACUUUUAGUUCAAAUACUAGUAGCAGACUUUUUCCUAGCGUUUGCAGUUGACAGAGUCUGCUUAUGGCUUUUUGGAGAAGGAAGACAUCAAAAACUGUGAUUAUUAUGCUGUUCCCAUAUUCCAUCUUCGAAUUUAGAAAUGUAUGAAACAUUCAACAUAUACGUUUGUUUUCUCGUAUCACAAAGAAUAGAUUAUAAUACUUGUAUGAAAUAUAAUGGUUUUUAAAAGACUGACCAAUGUAUCAUCGGGGGGAUACUUAAAGACAUUCAUUUCAUUAUUUGUUUCCAUUAAUGGUACAUUUGUUAUCCAACCCAAAAGUUGUAAAUAAUUCUUUGUGGAACGAAGAAAUUGAAGAUAAAAUUGGAUAUAUACAUGUAUACAUACGAGUACAUAGUAUGUGUAUAUUAAUCAGUGUAAGUAUUGUAGGGUUACUAAAUGCAAAGUCCGAAUGGCAACUGAAUAUGGAUUUAUUUAUGACUAUUAAGAUAGCAAAUUAGAAUUACAAUCUAAGAUUUAGGAAUAUAAGUAAAAGAAGAUGAAAUAUACACGAAUACAAUACUACCGGAGAUUCAGUCUUAACAACAAAUCGCAAGAGAUUCAGUUUUCAUGCCAACGGCUGAAUACCCCCUUUUUCUUUUCUCACUAUUUCCUUGAAAACAAUUAUUGCUUUGACACGUAUUGUGACAGGAUUUUGACACGUUUGCCGUUUUUCCACAAUUUGUCCCACUCAGAACCGUGCCCUUUUCCUACAGUAUUAAAGUAUAAAGUGAAAUAAUAAGAACAUACACUGUGAGAAUGUACAGAUGAUAUAUAAGUAACAAUUACAUAAUACUAUAAUUAUUAUGUAUCAUUGUUUAAAACCAGUGUAAGUAAAAAACGUACCUUGAAAAUCUGAUACAAUGAGCUCUUGUAAUGUAAGAGUAUGAAAACAUUGAAUUGAAAUAUUAUAUUCCAGGAAGACAUUAUUACUAGUACAACUUUCAAAUUCAUACUAGUAGGUUGAACACAGAAUUGUUCACUACAUUUAAAAAUUAUUUUUCAUUAAUAUAAACUCUGUUAGCUAGUAAGCAUUACAUUUGAUGUGUUUGAUAUUACGUUUCAGCCAAUGGUCACACAAAUCUCAGCAAAUGCACAUGUUUGUGCACGUUUAAUCACAGAAAUAUAAAUUUAGUUAUACUUAAAUUUUUUAUUUUCGUUUCUACUAGUGAAUAAUAUAAUAGUAACAAGUAAAAAGCAUAUGUAUAGUAAAAUCAAAUCAAGAUUAAUAAUUAAUGAAAAACAAAAGAUUCUGCCAAUCUGGUUUUUUAUUGUAUACUUAGUUAGAUCAAUUUUUAACUAUGAUAAAAUAAAUACAUUAUUGUCACAGUUACAGCAGAAGUAAUUGUGGCAUUUGUGAAUUUUCAUACGGUUAUCACACUGAUGUGAUCAUAAUUACGAAUAAAAUUUACACUUUUAAUAACACCAAAUUUUUACCGUGCUUCACUGUCAUGUUGUUAUAAGAAUGCAUAAUUAUGAAAGUUGCACACUUUGUAAUUAAAUUUCUAAAAUUACAAAUUUAUGGCAUGUAAUGUAUAAUUUACUUUCGUUUCACGAAACCGAGAUGAUUAUACGUUUUUCUUAAGAAUAUAAACUAUUUUAAAGUCUUUACAUUAACAUUCCAAUGAAAUUACAUUUCAGCAAAGAACAUGUAACUGGAAUAAAUACACGUCGUUUGAAAUGUAUUCCUCCGUAAAUUGUUACUAUGAUUACAAUAAUACAUUUUCGUUCCUAUUUGAACGGUGAAUAACACAAUGUACAUGCGAUAGGUAUAUAUUAAUAUUGCGGUCAUUUACAAAUUAAACUUACGUUGUGAACAAUAACGAUCAAAGUAUAAUAAUAUUGUAUCCGAUAAUACAAAUUUUUACCGCAUUAUUUUUUUCGAUCAAAAUUCUGAAAGCUGAUUAUAUAUUGU